AUGGCUGCUUCAGCUUUUCCUGAGGAGCAAAUGGAAGGAGCAGGAGUCUCCUCAGUCCCAUCGUUGCCCUGCUCUGAGCAGCAUUGCACACAGGAUGGGGAGCACACGGCACCUCCUCCGCCUUUGAUGGGCGAGCCAGGAAACAAGAAUUUUCCCAGUCCAAUAGCCAGGAAUCGCACGAAAGCAAACAGGUACAGAAACGGAUUCUUAGGCACGGAACGCACAGCCUGUGAAGCAGUAGCCCAGCUGGGAGGUGGAGACACAGCUCGUGUACAGAGAAGACAGGGGGGGCUUUGUGUGCCUCGAGCAAAGAGGAGCUGCCACCUCGCCAGCCCUCCACACCCACCUCCGGGCGGCGGUAUGCAGCAGCUCCUCAUCCUCAUCCUUCUCCUUACCGGGCUAGCACUGUUCUGCUGCAGGGCACAGGACACUGGGCUGCCAGACACGACCCCUAGAGGACCAAGAGACACUCCAGAAGUGCAUCAGCGUAAACAAGUUUGUCACUGGCCCUGCAAAUGCCCCCAACAGAAGCCAAGUUGCCCUCCUGGAGUGAGCUUGGUGAGGGAUGGCUGUGGAUGCUGCAAAAUCUGUGCCAAGCAACCAGGGGACCUCUGCAAUGAAGCUGACCUCUGUGACCCACAUAAAGGGUUGUACUGUGACUACUCAGCAGACAGGCCUCGGUUUGAGACCGGCGUGUGUGCAUACCUGGUAGCUGUUGGAUGUGAGAUCAACAGAGUUCAUUAUCAGAAUGGCCAAGUGUUUCAGCCCAACCCUCUGUUUAGCUGCCUGUGUGUGAGUGGAGCCAUUGGAUGCAUGCCUCUGUUCAUACCCAAGCUGGCUGGCAGCCGCUGCUCCGGAGCCAAAAUUGGAAAGACGUCAAACUGUGUUCUGGGAUCAUCACAACGGCAGCUCCCAGAAAGCCACAAAACAAUGCCAGCCUACAGGAAUCUCCCACUUAUUUGGAAAAGAAAAUGUCUUGUGCAAGCAACAAAGUGGACUCCAUGCUCUAGAACAUGUGGAAUGGGCAUAUCUAACAGGGUGACCAACGAAAACAGUAACUGUGAAAUGAGAAAUGAGAAAAGACUAUGCUACAUUCAGCCAUGCAGCAGUAAUGUAUCAAAGACUGUAGAGAUUCCCAAAGGGAAAGCAUGCCAACCUACUUUCCAGCUUGCCAAAGCUGAAAAAUUUGUCUUUUCUGGAUGUUCAAGUACUCAGAGUUACAAACCCACGUUUUGUGGAAUGUGCUUGGAUAGGAGAUGCUGCAUCCCUAAUAAGUCUACAAUGAUUACCAUUCAGUUUGAUUGCCCUAAUGAAGGGUCAAUGAAGUGGAAGAUGUUGUGGAUAAUAUCUUGUGUAUGUCAGAGAAACUGCAGAGAACCUGGAGAUAUGUUUUCAGAACUCAAGAUUCUAUAAAAUAUGGGAUAAAGUUAACAUUAGUCAAUUGUGUCAUCUAUAAUAAAAAAAACAGAAUGGGUAGAAAAGGGUGAGAAAUCUUUAUGAGUCAAAAAUACUAAGAAUAUCCAUUCAUUCUCAUAUCACCAUAUUGAAGGAUGAGACAUUUCUAAGAAAAGUUCUACCAAAAUGUAUAGAAAAAGUGUCUGGGUGCUGAUGGCUCAUACCUGUAAAUCCUAGCUACUAAGUAAUAGUCU